AUGGUGUGCAUUCCUUGCAUUGUCAUUCCGGUUCUCCUCUGGGUCUACAAGAAAUUCCUGGAACCGUAUAUCUAUCCUGUUAUCGCUCCGUUCAUUAAGCGCGUGUGGCCCAAGAAAGCCGUGGAAGAAACAACAGCCACAAAACCAGGCCAAGGAGGCAGCGCUGGAGAUCCUCGGGCACCUUCCGCCGUGAAAAGGGAUCAGGAGGAGGAGUCUGGAAUUUAUAGUUUUGAAAGCAAUGGUGUUCCGAAUGGAGUGGCUGCAAAGAGAUCUACAGAGGUUUCUGACAAGAAAACGGAUUAA